AUGAAAGUAAAUCCACGACCACCAAGGUAAUGGGUACAGAGUGAGGAUAAUAGCAAUAUAUGAUGACAUGACAUCAGUCGUAAAGAUAUCAAGGUACCAAGAGAAUUUCUGACAUGAAAUCCCUACAGAAAUUUAUUUAGGGCGACAUCAUUUCACGAUGCAAAAGGCGUACGGGCCGGAGGGGCGAGGGGGGCUGCAGCCCCCCCACCUCCAUCCCCAAUUUUGAGCGACUCAGAUUUUUGGGGCAGCAAGAGAAUAUUUGGGCAAAGCCAGUUUUUUUAAAGAUGUUUCCAUGUUUUUUAUUAUUAUUAUUUUGAAGAGAUAAAUAUCUUCUAUUUUAACCUAAAGUCGGCCUAAUAACCCAGUUACAUUCACACGAGACAGUGGUUGCCUAGCACGUGAUGAGUUUCUGGUUAUAAGGGAAGGAUAUCAUAUGCUGAUUUCUUUUACUGUUGGGCACUGUACGGCACUGCACUAACUGGUGUCGGCUAUUUCCAGUCGUGAAUUGAUUAGAAUAAACUUCAGCGUCACUUUCUAGAAUCACCUCCGCUCGUAGAACAGUUUAUGGCAGAUAUCAUCAGCAAUGGGUCUAAAAUUAAAGUGAGGAAGUGGCUGACUAAUUCUCAGUUUGAAUUACGAGAAGAAUCUUAAUUUUUUAAAAAAAAAUCUAUCGAGCGGUUUAAAAAUUAUUCACUAGUUUGUUAAAGUAGAACGUUUACAAAACCGCUAACAAGAACGCCAUGAUACAUUCUAAUCAAAUCUUUCUUUGUAGCAAUUAAUUGGCCAGAGCUAUCUCCAUGAUCUUUCACACACGUUUUUAAAAAGAUUGAAACUACUAUGAGGUGAAAUUGCAAGUCAAAAGCGCUUCGUCUUCUUCAGAUAACGGCCAAACAUCAAAAUUUUCCUCUUUUUUACCAUAUUUCUAACGAUAACAACUUCAUCCCAAAAUAUCUCGAUAAUUCUCGUUUGAAUUCGAGAAGAAUCUUAAUUUUUAAAAAAAAAUCUAUCGAGAACGAUUUUCACUAGUUUGUUAAAAGAACAGUUAAUAAAACCAGUCCAUGAUCUUUCACACACGUUUUUAAAAAGAUUGAAAUUACUGUGAGGUGAAAUUGCAUGUCAAAAGCGCUUCGUUUUCUUCAGAUAACGGCCAAACAUCAAGAUUUUCCUCUUUUUUACCGUAUUUCUAACGAUAAAAACUUCAUCCCAAAAUAUCUCGAUAACGCUCUUACAUAUUACGUGGACGAUUUUGUAAGAACAGUUACCAGUGAGAAAUAUUGCUGCAAGUACAAUAGGUAAUGGUGUCAUUUCGUUACUAUGACAACUGCGAUCUCAUUGCAAUCCUGAUCAUGACAAAUUUUCAUCUUUAUCUAAUACAACUGUAGUGGCAUGUUUUCCAAAUAUUUGUUUAUGGCGACGUAGAUUACGCUCAAACUUGGCAGGUAUUGACCCUGAAAAACUGUAUCGAGCUACUUUCAUAUGUCAGUACGGCCUAUGUUGUCGCAUCGUAUGGCCCUCUUUUCUUUUCGACUGUUUUGUAAAAAUUUAAGAAACUUGCAAGAAUUUUCUGGGCAAAUGAGGCAUAUCAGAGCGCAUAAAUUUUCAAACCAGUUUUUCUAAGCAAACAUGUCAUUCGAUACUGUCUGACGGUCUGAAGUCCUUUGUUCCUGGUCUGAGAAAGAUGGUUUAUUAAAAAUCAUAAACCUUUCUAGGUCCAUCGGAUCAAAGAAAGCAAAAAGCUCAAGAAUUUAUCAAUCAGUUUAUUUUGUGCUUUGCGAAUGCUUUAAAAUUUUACGAAUAAUUAGCGAGAGAACCGACAAAGAUUGAUUGAAAAAACCUCUGACAUUUGUUUUUGUUGCAUCUACAACAUCAGUGACACCAUACAGUAUUACCCUCACCGUCCUUCAAAAGCUUGUAUUUUUUUUAUCUUCUAUGCGGCAUAGAAAACCUCAGAGCAGGGCUCCCUGGGAUAUAAAUUAGUAUGGGCCACGAUUGAGGCUAUGGUAACGUUUAUGGUUUAGUUUUUAUCUAAAAAAAAAGGAAUCAGUCGAUUUUGAUCAGUUUGUUCUAGCAUCAUGUGUGAAUUUUUAAGAAGGACCAACAAAAGCCAACCAUCCAACAGCCUGUGUACAGCCGCCCCCUUCCCUCAGAAAAACAUCGGAGAAGGGGCCCCUUCUCCGAUUUUUCCUGAGGGGAGGGGGGCGGAUGUACACGGGCUUGCCUUCCAACAUGAUAGUCUUUUUCAUCGCUUCAUCUUUAGAAAAGAGAGAAACGAUAUCAGCCUAGUCCCCAGGCGUUCUCCGUUCCGUCAAACAUGGACCCUACGUGACGUCACUGAAAUAGACUAGCACAGACCCUUUCCCAGACUUAGUUCGGACAACGAGCCAAGAGAGAAUCUCUGGGGACUAGGCUGGGGCUAGUGUUCUGUUCUCACUAGCAAACAUGGUAACAUAUUCAAAACAAUUAACAGAAGAUUGUAAUUCUUUUAAGCAAAAAAUGACAUAAGUAUGUGUAAUCAAAUGGUGACGAGUGAAAUUAGGGAAUAAUUUCACGAGUAUACCAUUUGAUUACGUAUUAAUAUCAUGGGUGACGAAUUACGUCAGCAGUCUUGGAUUUUUGACAUGUUUAUCCGGGAUCGUAUCGAUCGAGAACUCCACUCUCUCAAAUCAGUUUAGACCUUAAAUUUGGCGUAUAAAGUUCAGAAUUUUUCAGUCUUUUUCGGCAAAAUACCUGUUAGAAUCCUUCUUGAUGUUCUCUUGAGUGUUCAGGUUUUCUAAAGCGUGUUUUUGUGCCCUGACAUCUUCAUUCGCGGCAUUUUAAAACUUCGUCGCCAUCUUGACACUGAGACUACGGAAGGGUUGCCAUGGCAAUUUCACAUGUGAAAUUACAAAUUAGUAACGCUGAAAUUUCGCGCCAAAAUAAAAAGGAGUAAUUCGUCACCUAUGAUAUUAUCUUGAACUAUUACUCUUACAAAUAAUGUACGAUGUGCAGGGGUUUAUUAUUAUUCUCAAGAACGACUGGAUCAUGAUUUUAUAACUAAAUCUCUUCUUCGUUAUGUUGUUUUUUCGGUUUUAUUCUCUUAGAGAACUUGAUAUGGACAACAAAGACGAAGUUCUUCUGACAAGUUUGUUCCUUGUUGCCCAAUAUCUUUGCAAUACAAAUCGGGUUCCAAACGCUAUCGAGAUGUGUAAAGAUCUUUUGUUUCUUCUCGACCAUAAGACACUGGGAAAUAUCGACGAAACGUGUGUCAAACGUUUUGAGAAUGUUCACAGUAACUCAAUAAAGCCCGGCACAAAACUUCUCUUCACUUUUCGACAAGUUUUCGCGAGAAAAGUGGAACUAAGCACAACCUAUAUGCUGGCAGAAUUAUACGGAAGUCAACGUGAAUACAGUGAAGCAGAAGGCCUUUACUUAAAAGCAUCAAAGAUCGCAGAGAAAAUUGGCGACAGGGUAACAGAAUUCAAAUGCUACGGAAACCUAAUAAUGAAGUUUUGUGAUCUUGGCGAAUAUGUCAAGACUGCAGAAUAUUUGGAAAAAUCACUUGCAUUCCUACAGAAAAUUGGCGCCUGGGAAGCAGUAGCCAAAUGCCGUGAAAGCCUAGGAGAUAUCUUAACUUCACUUGGUAAAUAUGUCAAGGCUAAAGAACAUUGCGAAAAAGCAAUUGCAAUCGCAGAGAAAAUUGGCGACAGGGAAACAGAAGCCAGAAGCUAUACAAGCCUCGGAAUGAUCUUUAAUUCUCUUGGUGAAUAUGUCAAGGCUAAAGAAGAUUGCGAAAAAGCAAUUGCCAUCGCAGAGAAAAUUGGCGACAGGAAAAUAGAAGCCUCAUGCUAUGCAAUCCUCGGAGGUAUCUUUCACUCUCUCGGUGAAUUUGUCAAGGCUAAAGAACAUUCCGAAAAAGCAAUUGCAAUCGCAGAGAAAAUUGGCGACAGGACAAUAGAAGCCACAUGCUAUGCAAGCCUCAGAAGUAUCUUUCACUCUCUCGGUGAAAAUGUCAAGGCUAAAGAACACUCCGAAAAAGCAAUUGCAAUCGCAGAGAAAAUUGGCAACAGGACAAUAGAAGCCGCAUGCUAUGAAAGCCACGGAAGUGUCUUUUACUCUCUCGGUGAACAUGUCAAGGCUAAAGAACAUUUCAAAAAAGCAAUUGCAAUCGCAGAGAAAAUUGGCGACAGGCAAACAGAAGCCACAAGCUAUGCAAGCCUCGGAAUUAUCUUUAAUUCUCUUGGUGAAUAUAUCAAGGCUAAAGAACAUUGCGAAAAAGCAAUUGCCAUCGCAGAGAAAAUUGGCGACAGGAAAACAGAAGCCAUAAGCUAUGCAAGCCUCGGAAGUAUCUUUCACUCUCUCGGUGAAUGUGUCAAGGCUAACGAACAUUCCGAAAAAGCAUUUGCAGUCGCAGAGAAAAUUGGCGACAGGAAAAUAGAAGCCACAUGCUAUGCAAGCCUCAGAAGUAUGUUUCACUCUCUCGGUGAAUGUGUCAAGGCUAAAGAACAUUCCGAAAAAGCACUUGCAAUCGCAGAGAAAAUUGGCGACAGGGAAACAGAAGCCACAAGCUAUAGAGACCUAGGAAUUAUCUUUAAUUCUCUUGGUGAAUAUGUCAAGGCUAAAGAACAUUACGAAAAAGCAAUUGCCAUCGCAGAGAAAAUUGGCGACAGGGAAAAAGAAGCCACAAGCUAUAGAGACCUAGGAAUUAUCUUUAAUUCUCUUGGUGAAUAUGUCAAGGCUAAAGAACAUUGCGAAAAAGCAAUUGCCAUCGCAGAGAAAAUUGGCAACAGGACAAUAGAAGCCACAUGCUAUGCAAGCCUCGAACGUAUAUUUAAGUCUCGCGGUGAAUAUGUCAAGGCUAAAGAACAUUGCGAAAAAGCAAUUGCCAUCGCAGAGAAAAUUGGCAACAGCGCAAUAGAAGCCACAUGCUAUCAAAGCCUAGGAAUUAUCUUUAAUUAUCUUGGUGAACAUGAUAAGGCUAAAGAACAAUUCGAUAAAGCAAUUGCAACAGCAGAGAAAAUUGGCGAUAGGAAAACAGAAGCCAAAUGCUAUUCAGACUUAGCAAGUACCUUUCAUUUUCUUCGCAAAUAUGUCGAGGCUAAAGAACAUUACGAAAAAGCACUUGCAAUCGCAGAGAAAAUUGGCGACAGGCAAUUAGAAGCCACUUACUGUAUGGAACUAGGAACUGUGUUUAUCACUGGCGGUGAAUAUGUCAAGGCUAAAGAACUUUUCGAAAAAGCACUUGCAAUAGCAGAGAAAAUUGGCGACAUUGAAAGAGAAGCCAGGAUUUAUGGAAACCUAGGAAAUGUCUUUAACUCUCUCGGUGAAUAUUUCAAGGCUAAAGAACAUUACGAAAAAGCACUUGCAAUCGCAAAGAAAACUGGCAACAGGGAAAUAGAAGCCCAAUGCUAUGAACACCUAGGAAAUGUCUGUUAUUUUCUUGAUGGAUAUGCCAAGGCUAAAGAAUUCCUCGAAAAGGCCCUUGAAUUGAAGAGAAAGUAUAAGCAUUGCGAAAGCGAGUCACUUGCUCACUUCCUUCUUUCAUUUUUUAUGUUUAAGGAAGGCAACAUAUGUGAGGGUAAAUCAAACGUCUUUGUCGGUAUGGAGAAGAUGGAAGUUACUCGACGUCUCCGAUUUCAUGAUAAAUUCAAGAUAUCGUAUUUUGAAGGAUUCUCUAUGAAAUAUCGAGCACUCAGUCAAUGUCUUUGUGAUACUGGCUCUCCUUACGAGGCUCUUUACAUAGAAGAAUAUAGUCGAGCCAGGGCCCUUACAGACUUAAUGGCAGCUCGGUACUCUGUAGAAAACGAAAUACCAGUCAGUCGACCAACAUGGGAUUAUAUUGAAAGUAUCGUCAAGAAAGAAUCCAACUGUGCUUGUCUUUACAUAUCAUACCUCGAACAAUUCAUAAAUUUUUGGGUUGUUAAAGCAGGCAACCCUUUAAUUUUCAAGCAAAUAAAAGUAAAUGAUGUUUUUGGAUCAGUAAGCAGAGUGGCUGACUUGCUUUGUGACGAAAUUUCCAGAGAGGUACUUUGCUUAGCUCCUGAACAGUGCGAGGAUCGAUCCUGGCUUCCCUCAAACGCCUACAAGGAGCAGGGGUGUGAACGCCUAACUGGAGAAGAAGAUGAAGAUGAGAACCAGCCAGCCGAGCGUACUCCUGCUUGUCUCUACAAAAUGAUCAUUGCUCCCGUAGCCGACUCUCUUGAUAAGUCUGAAAUCAUCAUUGUUCCUGAUCGCCUCCUUUACAAAGUUCCAUUUGCAGCCCUAGAAGACAAAGAUGGAAAGUGUUUAUCAGAGUCUUACAGGAUCCGCAUCGUACCAUCUUUGACGACUCUAAAUCUUAUUCAGGACAGUCCGCCAGACUAUCACAGUCAGAGUGGUGUGCUCAUAGUGGGGGACCCUAAAGUUGGUGAGGUGUUGUACAAGGGAGAUCUUCAGCAGGUAUCGAGGCUGCCUUCUGCAAAUAAAGAAGCAGAGAUGAUUGGAAAACUGUUCGGUACUCAACCUCUGCUAGGGAAACAAGCCACAAAGCAGGCGGUCCUUGAAAACAUUCAUUCUGUGUCUCUGAUACAUUUUGCUUGUCACGGUAAUGCCGAAAGAGGUGAAACUGUUCUUGCCCCUCCACCCCUCACUAAUAGGACACCUCAAGAAGAAGACUACUUAUUGACUAUGGAGAACAUUUCGAAAGUUCAACUGCGAGCCAAACUGGUGGUCCUUAGCUGCUGUCACAGUGCAAAAGGACAAAUCAGUGCCGAGGGAGUUGUUGGAAUUGCUCGUGCGUUUUUAGGAUCUGGUGCACGCUCAGUGUUGGCGGCACUGUGGGCCAUAGAAGACGAAGCAACAGAACAUUUCAUGACUCAUUUCUACGAGAACCUUGUUCAUGGGGAAAGCGCCAGUGAAUCCCUUCAAAAAGCCAUGAAGUGGAUGAGAGAAAACCGUUUCUCCAAGAUUUCGCAGUGGGCGCCAUUUAUGCUUAUUGGAGACAACGUCAAGUUGGAUAUUCACAAGUUAAGGUCAUCGGAAGGACAGUAG